UAAGAAAGGAACUGAGAUACUCUGAAAGAGAAAAUACAGACAGAGAGAGCCAUAGGGGAGAGCGUUUUAAAGUCCAACCAAUGGCUCCUUGGACAAAAACUAUCUCUGAAAGAUAUGGAGUUGUUAAGUGGAAUUUCGUUGCCAAAGCGGAGAAGCAGUUGUCCCUGGUUAUCGGGGACACUGUGCACAUACAGGAGUCAUGUGAAGGAUGGUAUAAAGGUUACGUGAUCAAGAACAAAGAGAGAAAAGGAGCAUUUCCUGCAAGCUUUAUAGUGUUAAAGGAAGUCAUCGUCGAAAAGAGAGGAGAUGAGGAGAUCAUAACAUCUGCUGAGAUGCCGCUGGUGAAGGAGGUGACCACCACACUGAGAGAAUGGGGCAGCAUCUGGAAACAGCUCUAUGUGUCCAGUAAGAAGGAGCGUUUCAGUCAGGUGCAGCGGCUCAUGUGGGAUCUGAUGGAGUGGCGUUCACAGCUCCUGUCCGGGACGCUACCGAGUGACGAGUUUAAGGAGCUCAAACAGAAAGUCACCUCAAAGAUUGACUAUGGAAAUAAGAUCUUGGAGCUGGAUGUGGUGGUGCGGGAUGCCGAUGGGAAUAUCUUGGACCCCGAGCGAGCGAGUGUUAUCAGCCUCUUCCGAGCACACGAGGACGCUACAGCCAAGAUCACAGAGCGCAUUAAAGAGGAACAGUCCAACGUUCAGCUGGAUCAUUCUGGCGUAUCCGCACGGAUCCAGUCUUCUCCCACACACAGCUUGUAUGUUUUUGUGCGUAACUUUGUGUGUCGUAUCGGUGAGGAUUCGGAGCUCUUCAUGUCUCUGUACGACCCCAUCAAGCAGACCAACAUCAGUGAGAAUUAUUUGGUCCGAUGGGGAGAUAAAGGUUUGCCGAAGGACAUUGAGAUGCUCAACAGUCUGAAAGUGGUCUUUACAGAUCUAGGGAAUAAAGACCUUGCCAGAGAGAAGAUAUAUCUGAUCUGUCAGAUUGUGCGUGUGGGCCGUAUGGAUCUGAAAGAUACUAAUCAUAAGAAAUGGACGACGGGCCUGCGGAGGCCGUUUGGUGUCGCUGUGAUGGACAUCAGCGACAUCAUCAAAGGAAAGACAGAAUGUGACGAAGAGAAGCAAUAUUUCAUUCCAUUUCAUCCGGUUAUAGCUGAGAAUGACUUUCUUCACGCUCUCCUUAACAAAGUGACGACAUCGCGAGGUGACAGCGGAGGUCAAGGUCUGUGGGUCACCAUGAAAGCUCUAGUGGGCGACAUCGUCCAGAUCCGAAAAGAAUAUCCCCACCUGGUGGACCGGAGCACCGUGGUUGCGCGAAAACUGGGUUUUCCUGAGAUCAUCAUGCCGGGUGACAUCCGUAACGACAUCUACCUCACGCUGCACUCCGGAGACUUCGACAAGUACAACAAAACCACACAGAAGAACGUGGAGGUCAUUAUGCUGGUGUGUGACGAGGAGGGGAAGGUCAUGCCGAACUCAAUCUGUCUGGGAGCUGGAGAUCGGCCUGUAAAUGAAUAUAGAUCAGUCAUUUACUACCAGAUCAAACAACCUCGCUGGAUGGAAACUUUUAAGGUGGCGAUCCCUCUAGAGGAGAUGCCCAGAAUCCAUCUGCGCUUCAUGUUCCGUCAUCGAUCCUCACAGGAGUUGGGUUUAUUGGGUCUGCUGAAGUGGAGAACUCGUCCUGAGAUGCUGAAACAAAACCUACAGGAGCUCAAACUCAUUGACGGAGAGGAGGUCGUGAAGUUCCUGCAGGACACCUUGGAUGCCCUUUUCAACAUUAUGAUGGAACAUUCACAGACUGAUGACUAUGAUAUUUUGGUUUUUGACGCUUUGGAAGCAGAUGUCCGUGCUGAAGACAUAUCUAGACGUGUCCAGUCGAGGGGAGGCUUAUUGUAUGAAGGGAAGGAACAGGCCGAGUUUGAGGAAUCUCUCAAAAGUUUAUUUGAGUCGAUCAAUAACCUGAUGAAAAGUGACUACACCACUACACUACUGCAGCAGGUGGCCGCUCUGAAGUACUUGCCCACAGUCCUGCAAGAUGUGGAAACAGUGUUCGAUGCUAAACUCCUCAGUAAGCUGUUGUAUGAUUUCUACACCUGUAUUCCUCCGGAUAAACUACAGAAACAGAAAGUGGCGUCCAUGACUGUGAUUGUGGGCAGCAAACUCUUCCACAGACAAGACUGCCGUGACAUCCUGUUACCCAUGAUGCUCCGGGAGCUGAGCGGGGCGUUGGCCGUGGUGGGGGAGGGGCUUCAGGAUGAGAAGCGCAACAGCGUCGAGCUUCUGAACAACAUCCUGGAGGUGCUGAGCCAAAACGAUGUGGGAGACACAUUUCAGCACAUUCAGGACAUUGUGUCGUUUCUGCUGAGGACGAUAAACCGCACAGUCAUCACGAUGGGCAGAGAACACGCUCUCAUCUCUCGAGUGGUGGCCUGUAUGACGGCUAUUCUCAGUCAGAUGGACGACAGACACUAUUCAUGCUACAUAGAGACCUUCAGCGGGACCACGGACCUAGUGGACUUCCUUAUGGAGACGUUUCUGUUGUUUAAGGAUCUGAUUGGUAAACAUGUCUACCCAUCUGACUGGGUCACUAUGAUCAUGGUGCAAAACCGGGUGUUUCUCCGAGCAAUCAACACAUACGCCGACACCAUGAACCACAAGUUCCUCGACAACAACAGCUUUGAAGUGCAGUUAUGGAAUAAUUACUUCCAUUUGGCUGUGGCAUUUAUUACCCAGGAGUCUUUGCAGUUGCAGCAUUUCUCUCCCACCAAAAGGAGCAAGAUUCUGGCCAAAUAUGGAGACAUGAGACGGCUGAUUGGUUUUGCUAUCAGAGACAUGUGGUACAAGCUUGGUAGAAAUAAGAUCUGUUUCAUUCCCGGGAUGGUGGGUCCCAUCCUGGAGAUGACGCUCAUCCCGGAGGAAGAGCUGCGGAGAGCGACCAUCCCCAUAUUCUUUGACAUGAUGCAGUGUGAACACAACCACUCCGGAAACUUCAUAAAGUUUGAGAACGAGAUCAUCCUGAAGUUGGAUCAUGAAGUGGAAGGGGGUGGAGGAGACGAGAGAUACAUGGAGCUGCUACAGAGCAUUCUUUUAGAGUGCGCUCAGGGACGCCCCCCGCUGCUGACCGAGGUACAGCACUUCGUUACUCUUGUGACCGGCCUCCUGGAGCGACUCCUUGACUACCGCACAGUGAUGAGUGAUGACAGUCGAAACAACCGCAUGAGCUGCACUGUCAAUCUUCUGAAUUUCUACAAGGACAUCAACCGUGAGGGGAUGUACAUCAGGUACCUCUAUAAAUUGCGGGAUCUUCAUUUGGAUGGAGAAAACUACACAGAGGCAGCGUAUACACUCCUGCUCCACUCCAAACUGCUCAAGUGGUCAGAGGAGCAGUGCAUCCUUCAGCUGGACUAUCAGACGUCUCAUUCCCAGCGGCAGCUCAAAGAAUCGCUCUACGACACCAUCAUCAGCUACUUUGAUAUGGGCAAGAUGUGGGAGGAGGCCAUCACUCUGUGUAAGGAGUUAGCAGAUCAGUUCGAGAUGGAGGUCUUCGAUUACGAGCUGCUCGGACAGAAACUGAAUCAGCAGGCCAAGUUUUAUGAGAACAUUAUGAAGAUCCUGCGGCCCAAGCCAGACUACUUUGCUGUGGGAUAUUACGGCUGCGGCUUCCCUCAGUUCCUCAGGAAUAAGGUUUUCAUUCACCGUGGGAAGGAGUACGAGCGCAGGGAAGAUUUCCAGAGUCAGUUGAUGAGUCAGUUUCCCAGCGCUGUGAGACUCAACAUCACCACAAUGCCUGGAGACGACAUUAAAAACUCCAACAUGCAGUAUAUCCAGUGUUUUACAGUGCAGCCGGUUCUGGAGAUCCCGCCGCGUCUGAAGAACAAACCAGUGCCUGAUCAGAUCAUCAAUUUCUACAAGUCCAACUAUGUCCAGCGGUUCCAGUACUCCAGACCUGUGAGGAGAGGGAAAGUGGAUCCUGAUAAUGAGUUUGCUUCCAUGUGGAUCGAGCGAACCACAUUCAUAACUGCUUACAAACUUCCAGGAAUCCUGCGCUGGUUUGAGGCCACUAGCAUGACCCACACGACGGUGAGUCCGCUGGAGAACGCCAUCGAGACGAUGGGACAAACCAAUGAGAAAAUCCUCACCAUGAUCAACCAGUACCAGUGUGACGACGCUUUACCCAUAAACCCUCUCUCCAUGCUGCUCAACGGCAUCGUGGACCCCGCCGUCAUGGGCGGCUUCGCCAAAUACGAGAAGGCGUUCUUCACGGAUGAAUACAUGCACGAACAUCCUGAUGACAGAGACAAACUCCUGAGACUCAAAGACCUCAUCGCAUGGCAGAUCCCGUUGUUGGGCAGAGGAAUCAGUCUGCAUGGAAAAAGGGUGACGGAUGACCUUCGACCUUUCCACGAGCGCAUGGAGGAGUGCUUCAAACAACUGAAGAAGAAGGUGGAGAAGGAGUACGGCGUGAGAGAGCUGCCUGAUACGGAUGAGAGACGAUCCACUCGGCCGCGCUCUAUGCUGCGCACGGUCCGACAGUCCAUCUGCUCAUUGGCUGGAUCUGAAUGCGGAACGCCCACUAAGACACACCCAGAGAGCAUAUCUCUGGACAGUGGCGUUCCUCCCUUUCCGUCCAUCAUCCCUCGUUCCAGUGGAAGCAUCAGUGUGAUGGAUGAGAGUGGUGUUGAAGUGGAGGUGAAACUGAGGAAAUCCAAGAAGAAGAAGAAACCCGGUCGUGGCAGCAUGAUCUUCAUCAGCGAGGAGAAAGAGCGGAGCAGCACCCUCGACAAACGGCUUUCCAAGAAGCAGGAGUUUCGCAGUGACACGAAUCUGUCAGAGCCGAGUGUGAGCAGCGGCCUCGUCAACUCCAGAUCUCUGCCCACUAUUGCCGGUCUGUCUCUGUCAGUAGCCAAUGGGAGUGAGGAGGUGGAGUCAGCGCGGUCCAAGCGUGACAGUAAAAGCGUUUCUGUGUGUCUGCCAUCUGACCGCACCGGUGACCGUCGCUCCAAAGGAGUCAUAAACCUGCUCUUUAAAACCAAGAUGAGCUCCAAACCUGAUGAAGCAAAAACAUCUUCUGAACCGUCUGAACCAUCCACUCAUUUUUAAUUCUGUCUCUUUAGUUUUUUUAAUAGCAUUUUGGCUGUUCAUUUUUCUGUGAUAAAGCUCUUAAAGCCUGAUAGUAACAGAGCUGUAGAAGAAAAAAAGAGCCUUGAUUUCAUUGAAUGUGUUCGAAAACGAACUCUAAUGAAAUGAAGUCAGUGUUUUAAACAUUGUAUCGUCUGUACCAGCAAUAAACUCUUU